CAGCUACACAGCCGAGUGGACGAAAGAUCCCAUCGGGAAUCCGAAAGACAGCAAUAUGAAGUUUCUCUUCGCCCUCUUUGCGCUCUGCGCUGUUGCUUAUGCAAAUCCAAUGAAUCAAAAGUCUUGUCCGGGUUGGUUACCCUGCUGUCGCGGCACACCUGCGCAGUGCGACCUCUGCAUUGAUUUAUGUUGUGCAAUCAGUCACGACGUCCAGAGUGUUUCCCAUGUGGGGUCCAACACUUGCGAAUGCUACUUCUACAACUGCCUGAAGGAAUGUCUUAGCCAGCUCCAUGACGGUGACAUUCGGAAACGAGAACCGCCGACAGGGAACGACAUACUCUGCCGCGACCUGGCUCCCCCAUCCCUCCUUUACUGGGAACAGGUCUUCUCCCGCCCACGACAUCGCAGUGGUGAAGCUGAGCCGGCCCCUGACCUUCUCGCCCUCCGUUCAACCGAUCUGCAUUCCCAAGUCCGACAGCUUCGAGGACGCCCGGACCUGCCCCAUGAAAAUAUUCGGGGAGAGAGCGGAGGACCGCUUGUAGUAUAUGUCAACGGAAUAGCCUACGCCAUGGGAGUGGACUCGCACCGAGUAUCCAUCUGCGGACUCCUGCCAGUUCGAUACACCAGGGUCACCGCCGAUGUUGUCUUCAUCUAUGAUGCCGUCCUCAACGGAUGA